CCGGGGAUUUCUCGAAUCAUAAAAAAAGUUGAAUGGACAGUAGAUGUACCACCUUUAACGACAAAUAAUGACGAGCCACGUUUGUUAACGCUUACAGUUUAUUUAUCCUUGUAGUUUGUUUCAUUAUCACUGUCGUGUUAACUUAUUUUAGUCGUCAUUCGUUACCCGGAACACCUGGAUUUACACUUUGCGGGUAGGAGGGAUGGAUGUUCCUCACCUCACUGAAGAUGAAAUGGCAGAGAUUAAAAAAGACGUGCUGACCAGACUGCGGCACUACCUCUGCGACAAGAUCCGAGCCGAACGUCACCUGGACUUCCUGCGCUCUCGGAGGAUCCUGACACGAGAUGACGCGGAGGAAAUCAGCUGCAGGACCACACAGACCAAGAGGACGGCCAUGUUGUUGGACAUACUGGCUGAGAACCCCCGGGGCCUGGAUUCCUUGAUUGAGUCCAUAAGGGAGUUGCGCUCACAGAACUUCAUCAUCACCAAGAUCACAGAUGAGGUGCAAAAGGCCAAAAACGAGAAGAUCGAGGCUCUCAGAGGGGCUUCCAGUUCCUCCUGUGACACCAGCCUCUCCACCCUGACCACAACCUGCGACUUCCCCUCAACGUUUUCAGACAACUCCACCCUGCUCUUCCACCCAGACGGAGAGCGAAGCCCUUCCACUUCAGACGUAAUGGGCUCGCUCAAUUUGCCAUCGCUACAGAAAGGCGGAGACUUGGCGUCUGUGGCUGGCACUAGCAUCGGCGUAGCUUCCUCCACAACCUCCAGCCUCCCGAGGCCCGGAGACCCGGGAGCUCCUCCGCUGCCUGAGGAGGUUAUGGUCGAAUCCCCCUCCAACAUAGAUGCUGCGGCGCCAGGGUGCACCAGCAGCGGAGGAGACCCAAACUUCCAGCCCUUGCGGUCACGCUCUCUCACUCCAACAUCACACAGGAGCAUCUUUUAGUUACACAUCUCAAUAAUAAGACACUUGUCAUGCAGUUAAAGGGACAAACUAGCUGAAUCCUCAGCCACUCAACUCAUAUACAAACUCUCAGUGUUGUCUUACAGUCUCUUUGGUGUUGCACCUGCCUUUGAUUAGGCAGAAACUGCUGUACGUGGGAUAUACUACUGCUAUACCAAUCAGCUUUUUAAGAAAGAAAAUGGAGACAGUUUAUCACUUGGGCUGGAGUAUUGUUUUAACAUGUUUUAUACGGGUGCCAAUUUUUUAACUUAGCUUGAAUAUGAGGUCAAAAUAAUACCACAGUUUUAAGAAUAAACCCAUGUUUUUCCACAAUAUUCCCAUUUUUUAUUUAACAAAAUAAGCCCCAUUGCUCAAAUGUUAAAAGCAGCUGUACAACAUGUUUGCCUGAAUAAAGUACUGUUCGCAAAAUUAUGAUUCAAAUCUGAAACUACCCACAAAAAAUAAGUGGCGCACAUCCUGAUUCGCACCCAAAUAACUACUGAGCUCAGAAAAUCUGACUCACCUACUUGUAACCUUUUCUGCUCCUCCUCUAGUACCAAAGGUGCGAUUUCCUGUUGAAGUGUUCAGUGUGAGAACGCGGCAGCUACAGUUUAGGUGCAGUGAGAAGGUUUAAUACACUGGAAUGACUACCUGAGCAUUAUGUGUGUAACGAGCCAGUCUGACCUCAUGAGACGCUGCCUUCGACCAGAGUGGUGGUGGUGAUUUCUAGUUCAUUCUGUUUGGAUUCAGCAUUAAGUUAACAACAAGUUGCUUUACAUUUUCGUCACUACAGAAGUCUUGAAUCGCAAAGCGUUUUGUGAAAUAACAAACUAUGUCCCACUUUUACUUUUUCACUGGUCAUGUACAAUAA